ACUCGCCAGGAGAGCUUCGGAGAACAUUGGAAAAGCUAACAAAAAAAAAAAAACAGAAAGGAUAAAGCCUGAAAAUAAGAGUGAAACUUUAAAGCCAAAUUUGCUCGUUGCAUGUCCUUUGCGCGAGUGUGUGUGCGUCCGUGUGACGUUGAGUUGGCCAAGUGGAUUUCUAUUUUUGGCAGCGUUUGAAGUGCAGUGCCAGUCCCAAAAUAUACAGUGACUUUAAAAGACUUUAAAAAUAGUGAACCAUCCAAAAACUCCCUAAAGAGAAUACAACAAAAAUUCGCAAGGAUAUCGUGGCAAUUGCAUUCUGAUCCUUGGCCAUGUGGAGCAGGCAGCGUAUGCGCCAUAAGCCGCUUUGGGCCCUAAUAUCCUUGACCGUUUUGCUGCUGGUCUUGGACAAAAGCAAUGCCAACACGGAGCCCGUAGAGACCACCACCACAUCCGAGCCAGAUGCCUCGCCUGGCUGCCGGGCACCGGAUGUUCGCUUCACGAUUGUCAAGCCGGAAUCGACCACGGAGCAGCCGUUGGCCAAGUUCGAAACGACUCAGGUCUACCUGCCCGAGGACUUCACCACCGCGGAUGUGGAGUUCGUGGAGUCGGCCCCCCGCCAUCCGGGGGAGAACCAUGCGGCCGUAAUCAAUCCGUAUUCCCUCGACCUGGGCGAUGACCAUCUGCAUGUCGGCGAUGCUGCCGCCAGUUUGGUGGCCGAUGAUGACUUGGGCGACGACGAGGAUGAAGAGUUGCACGGUGGACCUACCGAUGAGAAGCGAUUGAACACGAAUCGCAAGCAGGGCAAGCGUCGGCGUUCCGGUUCCGGGCGACGUCGUCGCAUCGAGAACGACAAUGGCCAAACGGGCAGGGGGCGUGGCAGUCGCUACAAGCGUCAUGCCAUUCUCCACGAUGCGGAAGCCUCGCCGGAAACGGAUCGCUGGGCCGGCAGUAAGCUGGCGGCCGAGGGCGAUGUCUACUAUGUCCACAUAGCCGAUAUCCUGAAGAGUCGCGAACCGAAUCGGGAACUGCGCUCCAAGCUGCACAAGCUGAAGAUGAAGGCCAAGAUGAGCAAGUGCCUGGCAGAGGGUGGCAAGGAGAAGUGCACCAAGCUUCUCAAGAAGAAACCCAAAACCAAGAAGGUCAACCCAGAGGAGCAGACCCUCAAAAAGGAAACCAAAAUCAUAAAGGAGGAGCGCAGUGAGAAGGACGUGAUGGAGGAGCCAGAGUCCAGUUCUGGCCACCAUCGCCGACGCGGGGACAGUCACGCUGCAGAGCUCGACCAGCGUGACCGGAGCCCGCGUUGGCGUCGCCGGCGCAGCAUUGAGUCCAAGGGUGAUCUUGGCCAGCUGCCUCCGGAUCCUGACAAGGAACCGGAGCCGGUGGACAUUGAAGAACAACAGUACGGAAAUCAGUCGAGCAGUGCAGCAGUGGCCCUGCAACGUGUAAAGCGUAAAUCGGGCAAGACCACGGGUGCACUGAGCCGUCCGAAGGGUGGUGGCGACUCCAGCUCCAAGACCACCAGUCGCAAGGACAAGGGUAUCUAUGAUGAGGAGACUGGCUAUUCGCCUGUGCAUCCGGAUGAGGAGUUCGAGGAGGAGGAGGAGGAGGACGAGGAGGUGGACAUCCUGCAGCAGUUCACCGAGGUGUCGGAGAUCAGGUUUCCGGGCGAGAUUGGACCCAUGGGCGAUCGCCGGCUGUGCAAGAUACGGUGUGUCAAGGGCAAGUGGGUGGGUCCGUUGUGCGCCACCAACGAGGAGGAUGAUAAUGGCAACGUCAAGUUUCAGCCGCUGUACAAGAGCUGCCACGUGAACCGGAUACCAUCGCACCUGCUUCUCAGCUAUCGCAACAUCUCAGUGACUCCGAUCCCACCAAAUCGCGGCUGGCGUAAAACGCGAUUAUCCAAAUCGACACUUCUCUCAAAUACAGAAAUUAAUGUGGGAUGGGAUCUGCCGCACGGACAUUCCCUGCAAGCCCGUUGCCAGGAGCUGGGCAUCUACAAGCUGCUGGGCGAGUCCCGGGUCCUUUGCUCCAACGGACUCUGGGCGCCGCGCAUGCCCAGCUGUGUGCCCACCACCGUCCUGACCAACUACUCCGAGGACAGUGCUCCCUCCAUCCGCAUCAAGAUCUUCAACGGCUCCUACUCGUUCGAGCCCUCCGGAGUGAUGGCAGUUCCUCCUCACAGCACGGUCCUGAUGGACUGCAUGUAUCCGAGGGUCAGGGGCACGCCGGAGUGGAGCUGGACCAGCUGGUACAUGCAGUACUCGACGGGUUGGUCGCCUUCCCAGGAAGAAAAGGCUGUACGCUACCGUCUGAGCAUCAAGAAUAUCGAGAAUAAUGACUCUGGCACCUUCACUUGCACCUCGCCGCGUGGCCUGACCAACAGCAUCGCCGUCGUGGUGGCCACUUCGACGUGUCCGCAGCUGACAGAGCCGCUGGCGCCGCUCAAGCUGCGUCUCGAGGGCAAUAAGCUGGGCCAGCGGGCGCACUACGAGUGCCCCGAGGGCUUCCGGCUGGACGGGGCUCUGAAUGCCACCUGUUUGGCCUCCGGCAAUUGGUCAUCGCCGACGCCGACCUGCCAUGCUGUCCAGUGUCCCCGUCUCGAAUUGGAUGACCCCCAUCUCAGUCUCAUUGAGCUGAACACCUCGGCUUGGGGGCGGGCGGUGUUCAAAUGCCAGUGGGGCUUCAAGCUGACCGGACCGGCGCAGCUGGACUGUGAGCCGUCGGGCGUCUGGAGUGGCCCCGUUCCUCGUUGCAAAGUCAUACAGUGCGUGAUGCCAGUGGCGCCGCUUAACGGACGGAUCGGGGGCACCAGUCUCAGCCAGCGACGCCUCACGGUGGGGGCGUUGGUCACAUUCAGCUGCAACGACGGGCACAGCCUGGUGGGCGAGUCGAGCAUCAUUUGCACGGAGAACGGAUUCUGGUCGCACUCGCCGCCAUUUUGCAAAUCACAGUGCCCCUAUCCGGGCGAUCCGCCCAACGGCCUGAUAGCUCCGCUCAAGUUCAAUUACGAUGCCGGCGAUUACCUGAGCGUCCAGUGCCGGCCCGGAUUUGUCCAGAGUUACGAGGGUCCGCCCGAACGGCCCAAAUGCCAGCCGGAUGGCCGGUGGUCCGGACCCCUGCCCAAGUGCAAGAGCUACGAGGAGGUGUAACAGCCGCGACUCCACAUUCCCCAGGAGCCACACAUCUCGUCGGAAUCAGAGAAUCUUGAUGAAAAAACCAGAAAAUAUAACAAUGAUCAGCCACAAGCAGAAACCGAGUGAUAUUUAGAUUAACUUAGUGAGAGGUAUCAAAAUUAAUAGAUAUUUUAUCAGAUAGGUUCUAUUUAACGAGAAAAAAAUAUAUAAAAUAAAUCAAAUCUUUGUCAUUUAGUGGCCCACGAAUUUUUUGUCAAAAGCUCCAGCUCUCUAUCUGUAUCCUUUUUCAAGGCUUUAAUCCGAAUAUAUAGAUCGAGUUGAUCAGGCACCACACUCUCUACCCGGUAUAACUCGAAAAAUUUGAAAAAAAACUAUUUGCAAUUUCUUGUACUCUAAACUCUAAACUAUUUAAAGAUAUAUAUAUAUAUAUAAUCAACAGCUAAGUACAGGUAUUUAUAUAUAUUAUGUAUGUAUUCUGGUUACAGCUCAAAGUUAAUUAAAUGUAAAUGUUUAGAGGAAAAGGAUAACGAACACAAACUUACCCACUGUGCGAGUAUAUAAACAAAUAUACAGAUUAAAGAAUUCUAUUCCAGCAUAACAAUUGUACUACACUGAGAGAUGAAACGAUGAGGGUUGCAGCCGCAGUUGUUGGAAAAGUUAGUUAGUUAGGAGCUAAGAGAAUGGCAAGAGCAUGAUAUCCUUUGAUAAUUCCAUUUAGAAAAGCGAAAAAGGUGCAUUGUAAGCAGCUGCAAUCUGUGUGUAAAGAAAAGAACGUUUUAAAAUAAAAUACAAAUAUUGUGUAAAAUGCAA